UGUUAUACGAUGUGAUACGAAGUUAUACGAAGUUAUACGAUAAAAUCACUGACAUGUAACAUAACCUAUCCGAUAUUAUGUAUGUAUACAAAGUGUAUCUAGUAUUAAAUAACAAUUUUUAUUUAAUUAUUGUAACUGCUAAGUAUUCUGUUAUAGACUUAAAAUAAUAAUGAGUGAUUCCGAGGAUGAAAAUUAUGCUACUUUUGGAACAGCUUUGGAACCACUGGAUGAAGAAAAUUUACCAAGGAAAAAAGCUGUUACCAUAGAAGAUCAAUAUGCUUAUGAUGCUCAGGGUAGACGUAGAUUUCAUGGUGCAUUCACUGGUGGUUUUUCUGCGGGAUACUUUAAUACAGUUGGAACUCGUGAUGGAUGGAAACCACAGCAAUUUAAAUCUUCCAGAGGUACUAAAGCGAAAGCAGUUGCGCAGCAACCAGAAGAUUUUAUGGAUGAUGAAGAUGUAAGCAUAUUUGGUAUAGCACCGAAAGGUAUUAGGGCCAAUAGUGAUUACGAACAUCAUGAACAAAAAGGUAUUAAAAGAGGAAGAGCUGAAAUGAUUAACAAUAAAUUCCUGUCGUAUAAUCCUGUACUGAAAGAACUUCUGAGGCCUGUUAGAGAAACAGUUGGUAUUGCUCUUUUAAAGAAAAUGGGAUGGAAACCAGGACAAGGUAUAGGAAAUAGGGUAACAAAGAAAGAGAAGAUCAAAGCAAAACAACAGAUAGAAAAAGUUAAAAUAUAUGGCUGUUCGUUGCCCAAAAACGAAGAAAAAGAAAUUGAUAGUAAUUAUGUGUGUGAUUCCGAUGAUGAAAAUCUUGAUAUUACUUUUGCUCCUGAUGAUUACGAGCCUUUUAGGUCUAAAGGAAAAGAUAAUUACUUUGGUAUUGGAUACAGUGGAUUAAACAGACAAAACGUUUUAUCUAAUCAGGUAAAUGAAGAAAAUAAUUAUCAAAGCAAUAAUAAAAAUCUUCCAAUAUUUGGGCAUGCAUUUGGAGUUGGUGCUUUUGAAGCAGACGAUGAGGAUAUUUAUGAAAGAGAAGAUAUGUCUCGGUACGAUUCAGUACUAGGACCAGAACGUAAAAAAAGUAAAACGAGAUGGUCUAAGGAAAAUAUUUCAAAUGACAAGGAAAGUAAUUCUGUAGAGGGAUUUGUGCAAGCAAAAGAUAAAUUAAAUAGUAGGAAGACUUUUGCACCACCUUCUCUUCCAAAAGACUAUCAUGCAAUUCAUCUUACAAGAAAGAGUCGUUUUUAUCCUCCAAUUCCUCAUCAAUCAUUUAAUGAAAAAAGAAAGAAUCUUAAUGUUACAAAAAGAGCUAAAAUCUUAGAAGAUGUUAGUUUCACCAAUAAAGUAAUUCAAGGACAAGUUAAUACACCUACAGAAAUAUUAUCUUCUACAAUUCCUAUGUCUAUUUCUAAUGUAAUGUCAGAACCAUCGAAUUCAUUAGAACAAAAAGUAGAAGUUAGUAAAAAAAUCGUUGAAAAGCCAAAAGCGCAAGGGAAUAAUGUAUGGGUGGAUAAAUUAAAUACAAAAAUGUUUGUCAGUGGUGGUAUUACAGGUAGAGAACAAAUCACUUCCGGAUUAUUAAAUUUACCAACUAAUUUAAAUAGUUCCUCUACAUUUGCCGAUGUGUGUGUAGAGGCAGUUAAUAAUCAAAUUAAUAAUAGUUCGUGUUUAAAAAUAAAUAAUAUGUGUAAAUCGGAUAGCAUAGAACAACUUUCUAUAAUUAAAUUAGAAAAAGAUCCGGAGCUUACUGAAUCUGAACAAUCAUCUAAAUCGAUUAAAAAAGUACCAAAUAAUGAUAAUAAAAAUGAGUUAAAUAAAUCUACAUUAAAUUUAACUGACGCUUUGGAACAACAAAAAGAAGAAGCUGCUAGAAUGGAAAUGUUUGGGAAACUAACUCGAGAUAUAAUCGAAUGGCAACCUGCAAGUAUCGUAUGUAAAAGAUUCAAUAUUCCUGAACCACGAAGUUGUGGCAUCCAAAUUAAAAUAGAAAAGAAAGCGAAGUUUUCUGUAUUUGAUUCAUUAGAUUUCGAUGUAUCCUCAAGAUUUUCAAAAGUAACGGAAAUACUUCCCAAAGACAUAGAUAAUAAUGCAUCUACUUCUUCCUAUGGAAAUGAAUUCAUAAAAAGUGAUGCAUCUAAAUCCCCCACAUAUUAUAAGACUUCUGUCGAAACUCAAGAACCACAAAUCGUGUCAGAAAAAAUGAAGAACUUUGAAGCUUCGUAUGAAAAAAUAUUUGGCAAAACAGUCGAGGAGAUACCUUCAACUAAAUUCUUAAAAAAUAAUCCUGAACAGGAAUUUAUUAAUGAAGAAAAUAAAAUAAUAAAUAUGGAACAAACUAAAGUUUCGAAGGAUGCUGAAAAAUCUGAGGAUGAAGAGACUGUUACAACUAAUAAAUAUAAUUCGGAAGAAAAGAAAGAUCUUUUCAGAGCAAUAUUUCUCAGUAGUAGUGACGAAUCAGAGACAGAAACAGAAGAAAAUAUAGAUAACGAAGUAGUAAAGUCUGUCUUGAUAGGUGACUCAUCGAAUGAAGUUAACGUAGCAAGAAAUACGUCACCUCCUAGAGGUAUUUUUGCGAAAUUAGAUCUCGAAGAUCUUGUGAAAAAAUCAACUAUCAGUACAGAAGACACUGAGAGUAAUAUCAAAGAGAAAGAAGCAAAUUUGCCUUCUCAAGAACCGCAGACCAUCGUUGAACAAAAUAAUGAAAAUAAAACCUGUGAUAUACCUCAAAUGUCAAUACCAGAAACAGUAUACGGUCCGAUGCUUCCUUCAAGAUUGAUCAAAGACGGCAAUGCUACGGCAGAUUCCAGUGGAAGUAUAGAAUUUUCCAGACCCAUUUUUAAAAGUGUCAUAGUACCAAAAGCUGCAGAGGAAUUUGAAGGAAAGUGGGUUGAGUUGCAUAAAACAAAGAAAUCGAAAAAAAUUAAAAAGAAACACAAGCACAAAGAACACAAAAGUUCUAAAAGUAAAAAAAAAUCUAAAAAGCAUAAACGUUAAUUAAAAAGACUUUUGAAAAGACUUGAAAGCUUCCUAGCUUUUAUUUAUUUUUUGUGUUAUAUAUUAGAUAAUCCAUAUUAUAUAUUAGUAAAAUUGUUAUAUAUAUAAAUAUACUGCAUCAUGUUUCUCAUAGAAUUGAAUGUUAUCGGUGGUCAUCUAGAGAAUAGAACCAUUUUAUAUUAUUUAAAAAUGAUAUAACAAUGUAAUUAAUUAUAAAAUUUAAUUUAACGAAUUUAAAUGUAAUACAUUUCUCCAAUUAAUGACGAAGCUUUUUAAAUAGAAACAGUGUCGCUAAAAAUAAUAAAAUAGAUUUCUAUCUUUAUAAUAAAGAUGUACAUACAAUGCUUUUGAUGUUACUUAAAACAAUUUAAAUAUAUAAUAUUGUAAAAA